CUAUCCAGGAAAUACGUUUCCAAGUGCCGCUGUCACAACAAUGAAAAUGGCACCCAGCAUGAAUACCCGCUCUCCUGCCGCAAGUUUUCUCUUAAAACCGAAACGUUUUUAAAGUUAAAGUUUUACUCAUGAGGCUUCAGAUCUAAAAACUGAAAAUAUAAAUCUGGAUUUGGAAAGGACAGUCGCGGGCAUGACUCUUGGGCUGAACUGCAUGUUGUAAAUGCCUUGUUUUUAUGCACGAAGUACAUGUUUUUAUGUAACAUGAAGUAACCAUAACUUAACGAUAAUAACCGCUGCACGUUAUCAGGUCAUAUCAUUUGCUCGUAGCAAACUAUAUUUAUGAUAUGAAGAUCUGGGCUGGUAACUCAAGGGUUUGUAAGUUGUCCUAGUCUUGUUUGGUCCAUGAAGACACUUAACCUCAGGUAAACUGGAUAAAGAGACUGGGAAUGGCGAGAGGGAUGCGCUCAUCUGUGGAUAUUGAGUACAGCUCUGUAGGUGAAGGGCUCGUGAUGCGCGAGUAUUGGCUGUACGUGUGGCUGCGCAGAGUUUCUGUCAUCACUGCACACUUCAUCUCAGUCGGUCUGGUUAUUCUCACAUCUAUACUGUCCAGACCCGGAACAAGUCUUUUCUCUUGGCAUCCUGUCUGCAUGUCACUUGCGUUUUGCCUGUGCAUGACAGAAGGGAUCCUGCUUUUCUCCGCUGAGGGAAGUCCGUUCUGCUUUAAAUCCCGUAAAUGGAAAGUCCGUCUGCAUUGGUUUAUCCAGGCUCUGCUUCUUGUGUUCGGAGCUACAGGCUUUGGUUUCAUGGUGGCCAGUAAGAACGUUUCGGAGCAUUCUCAUUUCACUUCAUGGCACAGUCUGUUGGGCGUCAGCACGAUGGCCGCUACCGUCUUGCAAGCGAUCUGUGGAGUCUUUCUUCUGUUUCCCAAGCUCAUCAGCACUCAGUCGUUUCCACGAUUGAGACUAUAUCAUGCAACCUGUGGACUGGUGGCCUACCUGUUGUCCACCGUCACAGUCAUGACAGCCAUGUUUACGGACUGGUUUCAGGCUACGGUUAAAGGCAUGACUUGGUACGUCUUCGUGUUCUUACCACUUUUUCCCGCCUUAGUGGUGAUGAACCAAAUCACCAGUGCCUUUCUGCCCAAAAAGAAGAUAACUAACUGAACACUACUGAAGUCUUACAAUUAGGCAUACAUAGGGCUAUUGACUUAAGUAGAUGUUGGACCAUCCUAAUUUGUUCCCUAGUUUGGUAGUAAGCACACUGUACAGGGAGUCAACUAUUGUCAAAACUUUUCUAGUGCACAACUCAAACACCAGCUUUCUUAAUUCCCAUAAUGCACUGUAAACCCAGCAAGCAUCACUUUAUUUUCUAAAAAGGGCAAGUGCAUACUGGGUGAUUUUCACGAAAUCCGGACUUAGAAGGUGUCCAGCAUCAGAUUUUUUAAAAAGCCCUUGAAGUCAAUUUUUUUGCACAUACAAGUAUAAGGUCUGAACUUACUAUAACCAUUAUUUUUAGAGGAUUUAAAAAAUAUUUCCUUUAGAAUUAUUUACAUUUUUUUUAGAUUAUCAUUAUCAAAAAUGAUCAUUACCGCAACAUAUUACAUUAAAUAUAUGCAUUUACAAACUCAUGUUUCGGUAAUGAGAACUAAAAAGUUGUCUAGGUACUAUGACAAACAAAAUAAGAACUGAUUACCUGGUAGCAAUCUUGAGUGUCACAGUCAAUUAUGUCCCUUCCAACAAAUUUUUUGUUGCAUGUUAGUUCAUUGAGGGCUUAAACAAUGAUUGAAAAUUGUUGCGGAGGAUGAGAAAAUUGGUCUUGGACACAUUUAUAUUCCUUAUUAUUGUCUCUACCUUUACCAAUGAUCACCAAAUACCACAUGUUUCUUUACUGUAAAUGUUUAUAGUAUAACAUGCACUGAAGCUUUAUAUUUUUUAGAUUUUUUAAUUAUAAAUAUUUCCAUGUCAAAGAACCCAAAUCCAGUCAUGGACACGUUGCGGUAAUGAAGAUUUUCCCCUUAAAUGUGGAAAAACAACAAAAUUGAUUUGUAUGAUGUUAUUUGAAAUCAUGUGCAAAAUAGUACAUGAAGACAUGUUUGUAACUGUAUACUUAUUAUUUUGAUACUCUUACUUUGCAUUUACUUUUUUUAUCAAAAUGUUUCAUGACACCUCAUAAGUCUAAUUUCGUGAGAAUCACCCGACUACUUUAAUCGCUUUUACAAUGAAGAUGCACAAUAAACAAACAAUGCAUCCUCAGUAACAGGCCUGAAUAUAUGAACCUGACAGCUGCAGUUUAUUCUUUAGUGCAUACUUGUACACAAAGAACAUUUAUAAAUGUGUGUCCACUUAAAGAGCUAAAUUUGAUACGAGCAACUAGUUGUGUUUUGUCCACAACCCUUUAACAAUUACAUAAAAGAUGAUGUUAUUAUACUAUGCACUGGAUUCCUCUGGGAAAACAAUGUUUUAAAUGCAAGAAUACACAAGCACUACUUGUGUUUAAGUGCAACCUUACUAAUCUUGUGUAAGUCAGUGAGUGUUAUUAAUUCUUGGUUAUAAAUUGGUUUUGCUCUAAUUCUUAUCACAUUCAUGUGUACAUUUUUGCAGUGUAUUUUACAAUGUUUUAGUUUUGGAGUUUAGUUAGAUACAUCAUAGUUGUAGUGCUGGGUACUGAAAACCAUUUGACGAUUCAAUUUAAUUCUUGUUUUUAUGGUUUUGAUAUGUUAUGAUUUCAUUUUGAAUUAGUUUGAUUAUUCUCAAUCGAAUUAACGUUAAAAUAAUUUUUUAAAAUAUAAAUGCUGGUAACCUACAUAUCUAGAAGAUUAAUGAAAGACUUUUUUAUUUACAAGUUACAUGAAUGCAUUUACAUUACAAUAGUGCACACACAAUUACUGUAUGUUUAAUGAAUUUUUACUUUAACAAAAGAAGUUCGCAAAUUAUAUUUACAUAAAAUGCACACAAGGUUGACAAAAACAAAAUAAUAAAAACAUUAAACACUUUAAUUCAUUAACAUAAUGCAACUUUAAAUAUUACUGUACUGAACUGUACCUUAAAAUAUGUUUGAGAUAUCAUUUUUAAAAAUCACGUUGAAAAUUGGUGAAUCAAUUUUUUACCCAGCCCUUCAUGGUAGGAUAUAUAUAUAAUUUUUUCUGUUUGUAUACCUUCCUGAAUAACACAACUGAAACUUGUUUUACAAUUGUUUCAUGCAUUUGGACUGGAGGCACUAUUAAAGAUAUUUUAAAGGCGGAGUGCACAAUGUUUGAACCAAAACACACUUAUAGCCAAUCAGCAGUAAGGAGCGUGUCUACUAACCGACAUCCGUGCCGGGUUGCGUAUGUGUGGGGCGGGUCUUUUAAAAGAAGGUCCAGAUUUUAUUGGGGUAGGUGCGUGUUUGUUUAGGUGAUUUCAAAUAUCAACAUUGGCUUUCAAACAUUGUGCACUCCGCCUUUAACCAAUACAAAUAAUUAUUUUCAUCAUGGUUUAUAACUGUAAUCAUUGUAUUGUUUGUUUUUGUGUUGCUUUGUAUGUUAUUCAAGUGAAUAACACAAGAUUGCUCUGAUUAUUUAUUCAUCCGAUAUCUUUUAUAUGCAUUGCUUACUAACACACAGUAUUUUUUUGCAGUUUUAUGGUCUCAGAUUGAACUGUAAAUACUGUUUAACCCUUAAUGCUUAUGAAUAAACCGGGAAACAUUUUAUGUCAUAAUACAAUUAUAUAAGUUUUAUUGAAUUGUAUGAAAAGAUGUGUUUUCAGUAUGAUAUAUUAGUUAUAUUGAUCGCAUUACGCAUACUGUUGAAAUGAUUUCUCUUUAUGUAUAGUAAUUGCACAUCUUGGACAGGUUAUCAUUCAUGAAUGUAAAAACAAUGUCUCAGGGUUGUGGGCUGUGAAUUAUGAAUAUCGGCAUAUCAACGGUAAAGAUAUGUUUAAUGUAUAUUUUACGCCGUAUGAAAGUAUUUGAUGAUUUGUGUGAGCUUCCCUUUGAAUAAUAAACUUGAUUGUAUGCUUUA